CCAAUGAUUGGGCUGUUUAUCAAGAACUGAAAAGUACGAACCACCAGCUUUUCCACGCCCGAUGCCUCCAAUGGGUCUUUCUCCUGCUUUCGGCCGCUGACAAACCCGCGUUUUGACCGCGAAGAGGUAGUUGAGGGAGAGCGUCGCUCCGUUGCUAAGGGAGGCUUCCUUGCAAGUUGGCUGUGCUUUCUGCUGUUGGCAAUGUGCGCGGCUCCUAAAGAAGCGGUGACAUCAAAAGAUGUCCCAGCCGAGAAGUACCGCAAAAAACGAUGGGUUAAAGCUUUUGAGGCUUGUGAUGAAAACAACAAAGGAUACUUAAACCGAGAAGACUAUAAAGUUGCUAUAGUGAUGCUAUUUGGCUAUAAGCCCUCAAAGGUGGAAGUGGAUUCAGUUAUGGCCUCUGUGAAACAAAAUCCAUUUGGUUUAUCACUUGAAGAAUUUUUAAAUCUUAUGACUACAAAGAAGGUUUUACACUUGUACCAUAGUGAAAUAAGACGGUUAUUCAUGUCUUUUGACAGACAAUGUAAAGGAUUUUUAUCUUUUGAAGAUUUCAAAAAAGCUUUCAGUAUUGUUGCACCAAAGUUACCAGAAAGGAUCAUUGUUGAAGCAUUCAGGGAAGUUGAUCAGGAUUCUGAUGGCCGUAUUAGCUUCAAUGAAUUUGAAUCAGCGAUGAAGUAUGGAGAAGAAAAUUUGUCUCACCUUACCUGAAGUGCAAUUUGUUAUAAAUUUGCAAAAGAACUGCCGUUUCCAAAAGCUGCAAAACUUUUUUUUCUUCACGUUUGCAAAUCUACACAGAAUCUGAGGAAACAAAGAAAUCUUGUCCUUUCAAACUUCCAUGACAUGUAUUGAUGUUCUUUAAUUACUUUUUAAAUUUUGGUUUCUCUUCCUCAAUAUUUAUGCAAAAUUAAUUAAUAUAACUGAUGAACUGUAUGAACAUGGAAAAGGAAAAAAAACAGUGAAAGACUACUUAAUUAAAUGAAAAACCCACUUUGUUUGAAUACUUCAUUCGCAAAGUUCAGUUAUUUCUUUAUAGACUGACCACAAUUUGGACAAACUAAAUCCAAUUUUCCUAUUCUGAGAUCAGUUAAUCUGGAAGUGGGAUUGGUUCUGGGUGUUUUGUAAAAAGGAAACAAUGGGGUUCAGAACAGAGUUAUUGCCUGCGAAAUCUGGAUAACCAGUAGG